CGUGGUUUUAACCGCAGGGUUGAUUCUCACUGGGGUUUGGGAAACACAGUACCUACUGUAACAAAGCCGAUAGGUCGGCUCGGAAUUGUUGUGGAGGUUGUAUUUCCAUCCCAUAGUCCGUGCUAGAGCUUCCACAGUCCAUAAUCAUGAAUGGCCAAGACAGCAAGCAUUGGAGUUUCUAUACAGGGACGUGUGCGCUUACUGCUUACGCCGAUCGCGUCGUCAACAGUGAGGCCGUGCAAGAAGCCUCGUGUUGACAACGUUACCAACGUAUGUUAUGCACCGUUGUCUCCAUUGCGAUUUAUUCUGCUAGGACGUCAGCUUGAGUGUAGUUGGAGGUAUUAUUAUGCUUGAUUUUGUGGAUACAUCCCCAGAACGCUAUUUCUGACAAGUUGCUCUCGGGACGCGGCAAGUGCGGAGAUGGACCGCCAAGAAGGGCAACGAAAUACCCUGACGGCAUAGCCCAUGACCAAGACUACCAGCUAGUGUAGCAUUGGAUGAAUGGCGAGACAAGGCAAUUCGUACAUCACCAUCAAUCAACGUCGACUGUUGCUUUGGACAGUCACCCACUCUUUCUUGUGUUAAUUAAGUCAUUGAAUCCUAUUUCCAAUCUCCAAUGGCCCGAACCUCGGUUUGGAGUGCCGCGGGCUUCCUUCUGCUGCUGUCACCUCUCGGCGUCCAUGCUCAUACAUUUGGCCAUGGCCAAAUACCUCUAUAUGAUAGUGCCAUUGAUGUCAGCGGGAGCAAAUUCCGCGGCCUAAGCACAUAUGCUAACCUCCCAUACGUGCACUGCCUUUCUGCGGGGAAAGACAAUGAGGUUGAACAGUAUGAUAUUGCUAUUCUUGGAGCACCCUUCGACACGUCUACUACGGGCAGACCUGGUGCAAGGUUUGGACCGGCAGGCAUCCGACGGGGAUCACAGAGGAUUCAGAAUGGAUACAGUGUUUACACAGGGGAAAAUACCUUAGACUCAUGGGCAAAGAUUGUGGAUUGUGGCGACGUACCCAUGAUUUUUCUGGAUAACACUGUUGCACUGAAGCAGCUGGGCGAAGGCCACAGAAUUGUCUCAAGCCGUACCCCGGCCAAUCCAUCAAAAGGACAUGUGCCAAGAAUCGUUGCACUUGGGGGAGACCAUACCACCACCCUAUCAGCUCUACGAUCUACCCAUGAACAUUGGGGAGCGGUGUCAGUGAUUCAUUUUGAUAGCCAUAUAGAUACGUGGGAUCCAGAAGUGCUCGGUGGAGGAUUCUCACACUAUGCGGGUGUAAACCAUGGAACCUUUCUUCACAUCGCCCACGAGGAGGGCUUGAUUUUGAAUUCUUCUGUUCAUGCGGGCAUCCGGGCUCCUGUGAUGAAUAAGAAGAAAGACAUGCGGAAUGACCGACGAUGCGGCUUCGCCGUGAUCACGGCUAGAGAUAUUGAUAAAAUCGGCGCCCAGGGCAUCAUUGAUUCGAUUAAAAAUCGUGUUGGAGAAAACCGGGUGUAUAUUAGUGUUGACAUUGAUGUACUUGACCCAGCAUUCGCUCCAGCAACUGGAACUUCCGAACCUGGCGGAUGGAGCACUCGUGAAUUGCUCACGAUUUUGGAUGGCCUGACGGGGUUGAAGGUCAUCGGUGCUGAUGUCGUUGAGGUGGCACCGGCUUAUGACAAUACUGGGGAGACAACCGUCCUGGCAGCAGCUGAGGUGGCAUUUUCGCUCCUGACUCUGAUGGUCCAAACUCCAGUUACUGACUAAGGAAACUAAGGCACAAACUAAAGGUGGACGAUGUGGUAACAAAAAUAUCUUGGGCUAUCACUCUGUUAUAUAAAACCACGUAAAUAAAGGAAAUACUCAACUCUACCAACCCAG